CCCACCACCUCCCUCCAUUUUCUUAACCAACUUUCCCGAGAAAAUUUCUGUCCCCAAAUCCUUUCUUCUACAAAAUGAAGUUCGGAAAAAGUCUAAGCAACCAGAUCGAGGAGACCUUGCCCGAGUGGAGAGACAAGUUCCUGUCUUACAAGGAUCUGAAGAAGCGGCUGAAGCUCAUCGAGCCCAAAGCGGGCGAAAACAGGGCCAAGCGGCCGAGGCUGGGAGAUUGCACGGACGGCUGUGGUGGUGCAGAGGAAGAAACAGUUGCGGCGGAGAUGACGAAGGAGGAGUCCGAUUUCAUCGAGUUGCUCGAGGGCGAGAUCGAGAAGUUCAACGGGUUCUUCGUGGAGAAAGAGGAAGAGUACAUCAUCAGAUUAAAGGACUUGCAAGAUAGAGUUGCAAAGGCAAAAGAUUCGAGCGAAGAGAUAAACAUACGGAAGGAGAUUGUGGACUUCCAUGGAGAGAUGGUUUUGUUGGAGAAUUACAGUGCCCUUAACUAUACAGGAUUGGUAAAGAUACUCAAAAAGUACGACAAAAGAACCGGAGCUCUCAUCCGCUCUCCCUACAUUCAGAAAGUCUUACAACAACCAUUCUUCACCACUGACUUGCUUUCCAAACUCGUGAAAGAGUGUGAGGCAUUGCUUGAUCGUCUCUUCCCUAUAAACGAACCCCCAACUUCAACUGAUCAGCUGGAUGUUGGAGAUGAAACCUCAACUUCUACCACGACUGAGAAUGAUGGCCUCCUUCGAGGUCCCAAGGAACUAGCAGAGAUAGAGUACAUGGAAAGCUUAUAUAUGAAGAGCACAAUCUCAGCGUUGCGUGCUUUGAAAGAAAUUCGGAGCAAAAGCUCAACUGUCAGCGCAUUCUCGUUGCCACCACUCCAGGCUAAUGGAAUGGAGGAUACGUGGAGUACAAUUCCUGUUCUGGAACAAAUAGCGAAGUAGUUAUAUGCUGCGGAGGGCAUUACAAAAGUGUCAGUUCUGUAUCGUAAUUUUGAUUUUCUUGUUCUCUGUGUUCAUGCAUGUAUUAGACACUACCACAUGUAAAAAAAUGCAUACUUUUCAGCCCACUUGUGUAAGCUUUAAGUCUGGAAAUUUAGUGAUUUUCCUUGAUAGUAAUUCCAGUAAUUCAGAGUUUACCACAAA